AUGUUAUCUAAAUCAUUAUUCUCAAAUAGAUCAUAUCGUGGUUUAUCAGUUAUCAAACAUUUGAAUGGACCUCGAUCAAACAUUGGAAAACAAUUUCAAAAUGAAGGAAUGAUUACGAUGAUUCACACAAUGAAUAAAUCAUUGAGCUAUAGAAGUUAUUCAUCCGCAACACCAUCAUCAUCAUCAUCAUCAUCAUCAAAUAAUAUUUCAAAUAUAGAUCAAAAGAUAACAGCAAUGAAUAGUAAUAUCGAUUUAAACUCUCCAUAUAAUGGUGAAAUACCAAUUUUGAACAGUCAUAUGCUGUCAUCACAAAACUCAUCAGUUGCAACAACGACAACUACUGGUAGCAAUGAGGUGAAACUCUCAGAGUUGGGUGCAGCACAAGCAGAAGCAAUCACACAAGAUCCAUCAAUGUUGGAGAUCACAGGAUUGCCAACAUUCAUUGAAGUCCUGCUUCACCAUUUACAUAGCGCAACCGGUUGGUCGUGGAUGGUCAUCGUGCCAGCAUUCACACUGUUGAUUCGUAGUGCACUGCUCCCAUUCGCAGUGAAGCAGCGUAUCAAUGUGACGCGACUCAUGGAGAUCAAACCGCAACUCGACAAAUUCAAAGAGAAAUCACAAGAAAAUCGUGCAACCGGUGCAUCAAACUACGAUAACUCUGUAGCGAUCACCAAGCUACUGAAAGAUAAGAAAUGUCAUCCAGCACUCAGCUAUAUUCUACCACUGGCGAAUCUUCCAUUCUUUAUCUCUGCGAUCAUUGCAAUGCGUGAGAUGGCAGCGACAUUCCCGUCGAUGAAAACCGCCGGUAUGCUAUGGUUCACCGAUCUAAGUGCUAUGGAUCCCUAUUUUAUAUUACCAAUUAUUUCCAGUGCAUCUUAUCUUUUAGUUAAUGAAUUAACACUUGGAAAUGCACCAAAUCUAUUUUUAAAAGCUAUAAGUUGGGUGGCAAGAAUAAUGGCAUUGCUAAUCAUCCCAUUCAGUUACACCAUUCCUUCGAUUGUAUAUUUCUAUUGGAUUCCAUCCUCUAUUUUCACAUUGGCACAAAUCUAUGCAUUCAAAUCACCAAGAAUAUCGAAACUACUUGGUAUGCCAGUAUUCAACAACAAUCAGCCAAUCAUUCCAGUUGGCGACACUCCCAACAAAAAGAAAUUUACUCCACCUCCAACUGAUCCUAAAAAGAAAAUAAACAGAAUUUAA